AUACUAUUUUUAUGGGCUUCCUCCUGAUAGAGAUUCGGCAAGCCAGAGGGGUAGUAAAAUAGUGCUUUGAAUCUCUUCAUUCGUUAAUUCUGCGGCAUUCUCAGAUCCCCGCUGCAGGAUCUAUCAGAUUCGUAGAUUAUUGGCCGAUUUUGUAACAAAACUUAGUCAUAACUUGGUCGGUAGUCGGCCCCUGCUGACCUUUGUUUUCACACAGGUUAUUACGUUUACAUCGAGACAUCCACGCCUCGUAGAAAAGGCGACAGAGCUGUCCUGCUGUCUCCCCGGCUGAAGGGACCUUAUUGUCUCCGUAUGCAUUACCACAUGCUGGGUGUUAACAUUGGAUCCCUGAGGGUUUACAAAAAUUCAGCAUCGGGUAACAGUGUUGUGUUUUCCGUCGACGGUAAUAGAGGAGAUCAGUGGUACUCGGUGGAAUACUCCUUAACAGGUCCCGAGCAGUUUCAGAAAUUCUGAGACGGUGACACUGAACAGCGUCCUCCACCAAACUUCACUAUUGUUAUGGGCAUUUCUCGAAGAUAUAAACUCUUCCAACUUGUUGUCCUGCUAAUAGGAGUGCUCCUGCUGUUUAUAAACCUGAAUCCUUCGGUAGAACCUGUUAUGCCCGAUCCACCGGAUCCACCGGAUCUCCUUCCUUUCCGUAUCAAUGUCCGAGAGAUUCAAGGUAAAAUAGUCUGGCCAAUUUCUAAAGUCACGGUCGGGCUUCCUAUUAGUCAAAUCCAAGACCUAGGGGAAAAGAAGCUUAGAGUUCUCCUUGUGAUAAUUGUGUCGACAGCGCCUUUGCGCUGGGAACGAAGGAACGCCAUACGACAGACUUGGUGGAAGUACUGCAGUGUGAAAGAGGUAGCUUGCCACUUUUUUACAGACGGACAAGUCGUCAACAAGAAGAUCCAGAAAAAUCUCUUAAACGAAACAUCCCGUUACGGAGACAUUGAGUUCCAACCGCUUCUGGGAGGGAUAGAGUUUGGAAUUCGCUUCUUGUAUCACGCCAAAUGGGCCGCGGCUAAUUACGACUUUCAAUAUUUUCUUCGCACGGACGAUGACUACUUUGUGUGUCUUAAGAAGCUUUUGAAUGAGUUACCUUGGCGCCCUAAGCAUAAUCUCUGUUGGGGAAAUUUUCACUGUGAAGUAAACAUGACAUGGAUUGACGAGUCAUGGAUGAUGUUUUCGCGAGACAUCAUUGACAAAUUCUUGAAUCAAGAUGCGCGUACCAUGUUGUGUCAUCCGCACGCUGACCAGCAGAUCGGUAUGUGGCUCAACAAUAUAUCAGGUCGGUUACUUUUCCAUGACGUUCGUCUGAAUCACGUGAGGGAAUUUGACUGGCGGGCGAGAAACGUGUGUGUAACGUACAUGGGAGUUCAUCAAGCUUUUGCGUCGCGCAUGCUACAACUGGCCAAGACGAGCGAGGACGGCGCUAAAACUGUGCCCCCCAUCUCUAACUUUUCCUCGUAUUGUGAAUACGACACGUUUGACUAUAGGAAGCUAAACGGCCAAUAUUUUUAUGAACCAAAGCCUUGUGUUGAGAACGCAAUAUGGGUGAAAAAUCACCGAUUAUGGCUUGGAGAAGAGGGAAGAGUCAAUUAAUAGUUUAGUAGUCACGGACAGAACACUGUGACCCUAGGAAAACACAGCGUUUGCGCAUGUCUGCGUCUGCGCACGUUGAAAUGACUUAGUGCUGUGAAUUUCAAGGUUUCAGAACCAAGUUGUCUUAUACAAGUUGCAAAGAAAGUACAAACCAGUAAGUUAUAGUGUUUUAACCCUUUAACUCCCAAAAUAUCAUUAGUAAUUCUCUUAACUGUCUGGCAUACAAUUCUUACGAUGUCAAUUUGGAGAAUUUGGUAUUGGAUCAACUAAUAAUUCCAUAAUUGAUAUUUUACUUCAUUCUCAUCACUUCUAUGCUUGAUAUUGUAUUGAUAUUUGAAGGAGAAAUUCUCUCUUGGUCACUCAUGGGAAGUAAAGGGUUAAAAGUAUAUGAUCUGUUUUGGUAAAGGUCAAAACAGAAAGGUAAAUUAACAGUGUACCCGUACUAGAAAAAGGCUUGUGUUUAAAAAUUCUUGAGUUUUCUUUUUCAGCUACUUUUGUUUCCUUUU